AUGUUUUAUCUUUUUGGUGUAAUCCCUGACUGUAAAUUUCAGAUCUUGUCACCAUCAAAUGAACUUGGCAGCCCAUCCUCUUACGGCACAGCAACCUCUCCUGCCAUUCAGACUGGAACUGAAGAUAAUCCUGUUUAUGUUAUUACACAAAACCAGAAAGGUGCAUUUUUCAAGGAACAACUCUGGAACACAGUCAGAUUUCUCAUUGCUUUGUUUCUAAUUCUCUCCUUGAUUGAAGCACAACUCCAGAUGAAGAUGAGCUCAAGUCAAAAGGAUAUCCAUCCUGACAAUGUGGACAGAAAAUGCAGAUUUACAGAUGUCCAAGGGGUGGAAGAGGCAAAACAAGAGUUAAAGGAUGUGGUUGAGUUUCUGAGAAACCCAGAAAGAUUUAAGAGGCUCGGAGGAAAAAUGCCAACAGGGGUGCUACUGAUUGGCUCACCAGGAACGGGGAAGACUCUUCUUGCCAAGGCUGUUGCAGGCGAGGCUGGAGUACCGUUCUUUUUCUGUUCUGGUUCCGAGUUUGAUGAAAUGUUUGUUGGUGUCGGGGCUGCACGAGUCAGAAAUCUCUUUUGUAAGUGCAGUUAUUAAUUUGUAAUUAACAAU